CUGCAACUUGUCUGUGUCUUUCAGGUUUAAUUGGUGUCCUCGACAGCAGCGCUGGACUUGGUCUGAAAGAGCAAGACGGAUGAACCCACAGAGUCUAACCGAGAAUGUUCCCCGUCCCGUCGCCUCACCAUGUCUCCAUAGAAACAGUAUUAACUGCCCCCUUUCCACGAUUCCUCCUUUUGCCUUUGUCAUGUCCCGAUAASCCCCUGGGUCUCUGAUCCUCCCUCUGUCCUAACCACAGUCCCUGUGAUCUGAGUCCAAUAGCGUUACUUUGGAAAUGUUCAUUUUUCCGUUCAAUGCUGCCAGCCACCACGGCUACGGUGGGAAGCGUCUGAAUACUUCCCAGCAGGCCCCCAAACCCUGUCUGAUGUGGCUCCUGGGACUAGUGCUGCACCUGACUCUUUCCUCUUCUCAGCGUAUCGACCUGAAACAUCCCAUAGUUUCUACCAGCUAUGGAAAGGUGCGUGGCAUCCGGAAGGAGCUGAACAAUGAGAUCUUAGGCCCAGUGGAGCAGUUCCUAGGCGUGCCRUACGCCACCGCGCCCAUCGGCGAGCGCCGCUUCCAGCCCCCCGAAGCCCCGGGCUCCUGGCAGGAGAUACGCAACGCCACCCAGUUUGCACCUGUGUGCCCCCAGAAUGUCCACGGCGUUUUGCCCGAGAUCAUGCUGCCGGUGUGGUUCACCGACAACUUGGAUGCAGCGGCGACCUACGUUCAGAACCAGAGCGAGGACUGCCUUUACCUCAACAUUUACGUGCCCACUGAGGACGGUCCGCUCACAAAAAAAAAUGAUGAAUCCACGAUGAACAGACCAAGGGAUGAAGAUAUUCGAGAUCGCCGAAAGAAGCCGGUCAUGCUCUUUAUCCACGGAGGCUCCUACAUGGAGGGCUCAGGGAACAUGUUUGACGGGAGCGUCCUUGCUGCCUACGGAAACGUCAUCGUUGUAACCAUGAACUACCGCCUUGGCGUGCUCGGAUUUCUGAGCACGGGGGACCAAUCUGCUAAGGGGAACUAUGGUUUGUUGGACCAGAUCCAAGCUCUGCGCUGGCUCAAUGAAAACAUUGAGCACUUUGGAGGAGACCCAGAGAGAAUCACGAUCUUUGGCUCCGGAGCCGGUGCUGCCUGUGUAAACCUUCUCAUCCUGUCUCAUCAUUCUGAGGGCCUGUUCCAAAGGGCCAUCGCUCAGAGCGGCUCCGCCAUCUCCAGCUGGUCGGUCAACUACCGACCUCUGACCUACACCAAGAUCCUGGCCAAGAAGGUGGGCUGCACCCUGGGGGACAUGGCAGAGYUGGURGACUGUCUGCGGCGGAAGAGUUUCCGGGAGCUGGUGGACCAAGACAUUCAGCCCGCCCGCUACCACAUCGCUUUCGGGCCCGUGGUGGACGGGGACGUGGUGCCGGACGACCCGGAGAUCCUCAUGCAGCAGGGCGAGUUCCUCAACUACGACAUACUGCUGGGCGUCAACCAGGGAGAAGGCCUCAAGUUUGUGGAUGACAGUGAAGGAGAAGAUGGGAUCUCUGCAGCUUCGUUCGACUACACGAUUUCAAACUUCGUGGACAAUCUGUAUGGAUACCCUGAUGGUAAAGAUAUCCUAAGGGAAACCAUAAAGUUCAUGUACACAGACUGGGCCGACAGGGACAACAGCGACAUGCGCAGGAAGACCCUCCUGGCUUUGUUCACAGACCACCAGUGGGUGGCCCCGGCCGUCGCCACAGCCAAGCUCCACGCAGAGUUCCAGUCGCCUGUCUUCUUCUACACGUUUCACCACCACUGUCAGACGGAGGCACGGCCGGACUGGGCGGACGCCGCUCACGGAGACGAGAUCCCGUACGUGUUCGGGAUUCCCAUGGUGGGAGCCACUGAUCUUUUCCCCUGUAACUUCUCCAAGAACGAUGUAAUGCUCAGCGCCGUGGUCAUGACCUACUGGACCAACUUCGCAAAGACAGGGGAUCCUAAUCUGCCUGUUCCUCAGGACACAACAUUCAUUCACACUAAGCCUAACCGUUUCGAGGAGGUGAUUUGGACCAAAUUCAGCUCCAAAGAUAAGCAGUACUUGCAUAUUGGCCUGAAGCCACGUGUCAGAGAUAACUACCGUGCCAACAAGGUUGCUUUUUGGCUUGAGCUUGUGCCGCAUCUCCACAGCCUGCACGAAGAACUCUUAAAUGCGGUCACAACUCGACUGCCGUCUGGAGGCACUGGCCGACGCAAGGUGCCCCCUCCCGUCAACUCUUCGCCCCAAAAGCCGCCGGUGUCCACCUACCCGUCGGAACCCGACCCCGACAGCUCAGAGAGACCGCGCCCCACUCCCUUCCCGAGCGAGACGAGGGACUACUCCACUGAGCUGAGCGUGACGGUGGCCGUCGGCGCGUCGCUCCUCUUCCUGAACGUGCUGGCUUUUGCCGCACUUUACUACAAAAGGGAUAAGCGCCACGAACUCAUGCAGAGGCGCCACCGCCGGCUCUCCCCACAACGUGGCGCAACAAUGGGCAUGGGGGUCGGCAUGGGAGUCGUGGGCGCCCCACCGCACAACGACCUAGCGCUCAGUCAGGAGGAGGAGCUGAUGUCACUGCAGAUGAAGCAGCAGAGGGUGGAGCUGGAGCACGGGACACCCCUCCCUUCCCGUGCCCUCCACGGUGACCUGGAACCUCUCCGUCCUCCCGUGUGUCCCCCUGACUACACGCUGGCGCUGAGGCGGGCACCGGAGGACGUGCCACUGAUGACCGCCAACACCAUCACCAUGAUCCCCAGUACCAUCAGCAGCAUCCAGCCGCUCCACCCAUUUAACACUUACCCACCUGUCCCGGCCCCUUCGUCAACGCCUGUGCCCAGCCACAGCAACAAUGCCCUGCCUCACCAACACUCUACUACCCGCGUAUAGGACCAGGCACAAGCUCCGCUACUCCUUUGGGCUCACCAAGAUGCACCACACAAACUGCUCCAUUCCAACGUCACCUUUCCCCCCCACAACCUUCUUUGCCGUCUUCACAUCUUCGUCCUCAUCAAGCCCUCAGAUAAAGCUGCAGUUUGUAAGAUUUGAAGCGGUGAAAUACCUCUAAGCUAUAAUCACACCUCAACGGGGACCGGAACGAGAAAGCGCCCUUGUCAUCACGCUUAUUCGUGUAAUAGCUCAGUGGAAAUUCGGUGCUUAGGAAAGGUCGCCCGGUCACGCCGCUUUAGGCCCGUAGCUCCCUCGAAGAGGUGUCGUAAUCAGUCAGACGUUUCUAACGUGGAGUUCGGUUGUUUGGCACACGCGUUUCCUUUCAUGUCAGUGUGGAGCAAUGUUUAACAAAGAGUACAAACACACAUUGUCAUUCAUUUAGGGAGAAGAUGAUACAGUAGCAAACAGCUUUGUGCGAGGCAGCAUAUGUCCCAGCAAGCUGUCUGUCAUAAAGCGUUGGUUUCUUGAAGCUUACAAAUUGCAGCUUUAAAAAGGCCCAAUCUGGAAGGGGGAUUUGGCACCCCAUACAGAGCUCUGUGCUCCAGCAGCUGUCUCUGCAUUGUGAUUUUAGAGAUUAUUGUAUAGUGUGAAAUAUACUGCCGAGACUGGGAAUAGAACUGACGUUUGACAGCCACGUACGACUAAAUCUAUUUUGGAUUCAUUUACGUUAUUCACAGUGGCUUGGAAAAGUGUCUGCACCCCUUGAUCGUUUUCACGUUUUGUCACGACUGCAAACUUUAAUGAUUUCUGUUAAGAUUUCAUUUAAUAGACCAACAUAAAGUAAUACCUAAUUGUGGGUGGAAGGAAAAUAAUUCAUGGUUAUAAAAAUCUAAGACAUGCUGAAAAUAAUUUUUUUUAAGUCUUGCCAUGGAUUGACAAUUUGUGCCACAUACCUUAAUUUUGGAGCAAGUGCCACAUCAGCAUUAUCAUUUAGUAUUAUAAUCUUAUCAGGGUUUUUUUUUUUUUACAGAAUUUUAAAACAGUAAAACAAUUGUAUUUUUCAUGUGUUUGUUGUGUUAGGUGAUUGGUAGUGCCUGAUUUAUACAUUUGUACUUUGAAAUAUUAACACAAAGGAGUCAAGGAAUUACUAGUGGAGUGGAGGAAAGUCCAGUCUUGUUCUCAAAAUCCAAAAUGCCUGCCGUGCAUAAACAAAUUAUUCCUGUCAAAAUGUAAAUAAUUUUAAAUUCAAUUUUAAAUUCAUCUCUGUACUCAGUCACAGACACACAGCGUGUUCUCUACAACCUCCUUUAGGUAACAAAUUGCUGCAGUGAAAUAUGACUUUAGCUUGUGUUGUUAAUAGCAGUUUUUGUGCUUAAUUCCUGGAUUAUUAUUCGAUUACCAAAUAACUGGAAAAGCUGUAAAUCGAUUUGUCCAAGUUUUGACUUCAGCAGGUAAAACAGCACAAGUUGUGAGAAAGUUACCACCAGAGGUGGUUGUAUUGUGCAUYAUUAGAUAUCCUCCACAUGCAACGCUUUCAGACUUUUAAAAUAAAAUGGAAUACAAUGUACAAUUUGCCUUCCGCUCUAUAACAGAGGCUACUUUGUGUUGGUCCGUAAAACAAAAAUCCCACAAUGUGGAAAUACUUCUGCCAAAAGUAUAUAAGCUUUUCCUUGUUAGUUAAGAUUUACUUAAUUUUUGGGGGUUUUAUUGAUUAUUACCAGGAAGAAAAGACUUACAGAGAGAAAACGAGAAGAUAGUGGCUGUACAUGCUAGCUGUACAUGCUAGCUCUACCGCGGCGGCACGCCAAAACCCACGGCGCAUUUUAAAUUCAGUUUAAAAGCAAUGAAACAUUUCUAUAUUUUUUGGGAGUAGGGGUGCAAAUGUCUACAGAUUUCCAGAUUGGGACUUGACCUGUCAGGCCUCGCAGAAAGUAGCUGAACCGCAUUCAGCAGGACGCGGCCUGGAAUCCAGGCUGCCCAUAAGAACUCACCGCAUCCACACCUCCCAGGCUCCACUCACAUCCACCACUUUCUCUUUUGUUCCUCCGUCUCUUUCCUCCACCUCAGAUCAAGUGACUCCUCCCCACGCUUUUACCGCCGUUCCGUCCUCCUGCAUCCACUCUUGUAGCUCUUCUUAUUAAAUAACAUCGACACAGUCCGACAGUUUUUUUUUUKUUUGUUUUUUUUUGCGUCCUCUUUCUCUCAGUCACUUCUAGACUCUUUUUUCCUUUUAGAGUCUUUUAUACAAAAAAAAUGAAAAACAAAAAUGUAAAUGAUGUAUUAUUAAUAAAUUGUAAGGAUAUGAAUGAAAAAAAAAAAAGAUAWUCUGAUAUCUCGUUUUUACCAGCAUUCUUGGUGCCAAGUACUGUGAUGAAGUUCCUUUUUGGCCGGCGUCCGGUGGACCGCUUGCCGAGGUCCGUCCCGACUGAAUCUCAUAAAAAAAAAAAAMMMCAACAUGGAGUCCCCAUCAAAAGAAAGUGCCAACCCCUUUAUCUUUCAUUUCAAACCACACACACACACACUCUUUGUGUUUUAUUUACACUCAAUGUUGCACUGUGGCUGGUCUCUUCUAUAAAAGGGAAAUCAGAUUUAAUAUAUCCUCAUUUAGAAGAAGAAAAUAUAUAAAAGUUUUAUUAACUACUUUGCUGUGUGGGAUAGUUGCAUGAUUUUUUUUUUUUUUGUGUGUGGGGCAGAGUUUUUCCAUUUUGAUCAUUUCRAUUGCCUUGUUUGGUUAUUUUCCAUUGAAUUGUUUUUGCUUUUGGAAAUAUUUCAUUUUCUAUUUUAAUAUCAGCUGCACUUUGUGGUACUUCGGAAAGUAUUAAAGUAUUAAAGAGAUGAAUAUUGUGUAAAGCUAUGAUUAUAACAAAGAGAGUAAAUAUUUCCUCUUUAUUCUUUUUUUUCAAUUUCAUUUACUAACACCGCGGCUGUGCCACAAGACUACCAGAGACUGAUGAAAGCCUUGUUUUAUUUUUAAUCCCCCCCAUUUUUUUUUUUCUUUUAAAACUGUCAAGUUUGCACAGUCACUGUCUCUCAGUCUCAUACGAGGAAAGCACUUUUUAUGUUACAAAAAGAAAAAAACAGAGACAUGACUUCUUCACGUGAAUAAUCCAAGCAAGGUUCAUGUACGUGACUGACAUUGCGUUAAUGCUUCAAGCAUCUGAGGACGACUCAAUUGUCCUUUUUUUUKKUYYUUUUUUGUCAGCUCUUUUGUCGUCUCAUGGUUUUCGCUUCGGCACGGCGGGUGAAAAGAAAAUAUAUAUUUAUGGUAAAACAAAAAACAAAACGAAAAAAAAAAACAACAAAAAAAACGCAAUGAGAGCCUUGUAUGAUUGUGUCACUUGUUUUGCACAACUGAACACAAGGAUGGGUUGUACCCUGGACAAUAUUUGGUGGGAUGGGGGCAGGGGUUGGAAAAAAAAGAGAAAACAAAAAAGGAAAAACUGUGACAUUAGGACAACACUGGAGAAGCAGUGACUCACUGGUGACGACGACAAAACAGUCUGUGUGAUCCGUCGGAUGCGCAGAGAAUGCUUUGGGAGGGAGAAGGAGGGGGGGGGGGAYCYUGAUUAAACAAGACGUCACUCACACCUUGUACCAGAAAAAGUGAGGCAACUGGGAUUAGCAUCUGCAACCCCCCCUUUCCCCCCUCCCCCGAGUGCUUAAGGAUGUCGACGCUCCCGGAUCCAGACUGCCAUCCCUCACGCUGGGCUGGAGCGAGCUGGGAGGACGAAAAACCAACAAACUGAACUUUUAUUUUUUAUUUUUAAGUGUACGAGAACAAACUGGAAUUUGUAAAUAUUAUGUUUGUCGUUUGGUUUGGAGUGAUUGGCCGGAUCCUUUUUUUUCUUUGAGACAACAGGUGCAAGUUUAGAUGUCUUAACAUGAUUUCGACGCUCAUGCACACACAGCCGGUUUGAUCAGCCGUUGUUUACAAUGUCUUGCGAAACUAUUCGUAGGGCUAACCCCCCCCCCCCUCUCCCCACCCUGAACUUGUUUGUCACAUUGCAGCCACAAGUUUCCAUGUAGGGAUCUCAUUCAAUACACCAACACAAACUAUAAUUGUGAAGUGGAAAGGAAAAUUAUAAAUGAUUUAAAAAUUUUGGCACACGUUUAUAUUCGGCCUCCUCUGAUUCAGGUCAUUGUACAACCAGCUUUUUCAGAGAUAUUCUCUACCAGUUUUGCACAGAUUUACAAUAACAUUCAGUUCUGGAUUUUUUUUUUAUUAAUACUUAACCAUUCUUUAAAACUAAGUAAUGCCAACAUAGUUCUUGGUUGUUGUUUUUUUUUCUUUUACCUUCACCCCAGUUUCAAACAGGUUCGACCGACUUUUACUAGCCAUGCGUCUUCUGAGCACUACUGGUUGGUCUGAAUUUUAUUUAUGGGCAUCAGAGUAAAGGCCGGAUACCACCAUUUGGUCUAUUUUUUGCAUUCUUAUUGGUUAAUACCAUUAAUCCUUUAGCUUGAUGGUGUUCCACYGCAAUAAAUCCCAAUCAAAUGCAUCCAAGUUUGUGGUUGUAAUGUAGCAAAAAGUGAGUAUUUUUGCAAGGCGCUGUAACUGAGUUCAUGAUCAAAUCUUAUAAGGUGGGCACAUGAGAACAUCUAUCAGCAUACAUGAAUGAUUUAAAGAAAAAAAAAACAAAAGAAUGGUCGAGGUAAAGAAACAGAAAAAGGAAUGCUUUCUGGCUCCGAGUGGCCCAGGUCAUGUGAUUAUCUGCGGUAGUCUAAAGCGUACCGUGCACACUUGGCACCGUCCCAUCAAUCAUACAAGGCAGCUUUUGAAUGAAAUGAGUUCUCUCAUUGGUGAAGAAGCCAAAGAACAGCUGCAGAGAACAGAUGAAGGAAGGGGAAACAGGAAGGAUUUGAGUAAUGAGACAGAAAAAGAAGAAGAAGAAAAAAAAAACAGAUUUUGUUACAAAUUGGCUCAAAGCAGGCCGUAAAUCAAGAAAUUCAAUUUGUGACGCUGGUGUACUUGGUUGUUAUUGUCUCACGUCGUCUUGAGCAUACGGUAUAUUACCCACGUAACUGGAAGGUUGUGAAAUCCUUUGUACUCUUGGUCUUAUUUCGAACUAUAUUCAUAGUGGUUGAUUUUGCUAACUUUUGCAGUUUUCGUCUGCACAUCCUGUCAACGGGAUCGUUGACCCAGCCGUUUGGUGUGAGUUUCAGUUACCCGCGCUUCUGAGGUUAACAUAGCGAAACGCUUUAUUUUUUAUCCCCCUGUCCACUUCUUUUGGAAACAAGGGUUGAAACCAGCCAACAGAAAAACGGAAGCACACUCACCAAGUCUACAUGUUUACACUGCAGUUCUGAUGUUGGCUGACAAUUGGCAUUAUGCAGACUCAAAUAUCCUAUUCUUGAAACUUUUGAUGCCAGAUGUUACAGUGAAGGCUUGCACCUGUUUGUCUGUUUCAUUUAGUCUGACUCAGUAACCUGCUUGAGGCGCAAAAUACGCAGAGGGAGCAUAUUUGACAACGAGGAGUUGAGAGAAUUAAAGUUAAUAUUUCUAUUUCAAAUAGAGGCUAUUACACACUGUCUGUUGUGUAUCUGAACUGGAAAACAUUAAAAGACAUUCUUAAACAAA